AUGUCCUCGCCAAAGAAAGGAGCUAAAGGACCUCGUCCAGAGUGCCUUUGCACACCAGUACAACAACGGCAACAGCAACAACAGCAGCAGCAGCAGGCGCCAACUGUGCAGCAAGAGGCAGCCAAUCAGAAUUGCGUUUGUACUCCAUUGCCACAAGAACAACCGCAACAGGUUAUAGCAGUGCAGCGAGAGAUCAUACGAAUUCCCUGCGAUUCUGGACCAGCUAACAGCCAACAGCAACCGCAAGAACAACGGGUUACAACUACUCAGCCGGAGACCACACAAAUUACCUGUGGUCCUGGGCCAGAUGCAGCUGCCAAUCAGAAAUACGGUUGCACUCGAUUGCAACAACAGCAGCAGCAAGUGCAACAACAACAGGCUAGAGCCGUGCAGCAAGAGACAGCCAAUCAGAAUUGCGUUUGCUCUCCAUUGCCACAACAGCAACAACAACAGCAAGAGAUCAUGCGAGCUCCCUGUGAUAACGGAUCAGCUGCGGCAGCCAAUCAGAAUUACGGCUGUUGUCGUCAGCAGAGAAAAUCAAAAUGCAGCAUACAAUAA